CGCGGCGCUCGCCUCUGAUUGGCUGAGGGCAAAGGGGAGCGCUGGGCGGGGCCCGGCACCCUCCUCUGCUCGCUGAUUGGCUGAGGCCCCUGUCAGUACGGCGGGACGAGCUGUGGGCGGGCUCGGCGCUGAUUGGCCGGAGAGGAACUUCCGCCGGAAGCUGCUCGUGAGGGGACCGGGAGCGGAGCCGGUACCGGGACCAGGAUCGGGAAUCGCCACCGAGACCGGACGGCCGCAGCCAUGAACAUCCGGAACGCACGGCCCGAGGACCUGAUGAACAUGCAGCACUGCAACCUGCUCUGCCUGCCCGAGAACUACCAGAUGAAAUAUUACUUCUACCACGGCCUCUCCUGGCCUCAGCUCUCCUACAUCGCCGAGGACGAGAACGGGAAGAUCGUGGGAUACGUCCUGGCCAAGAUGGAGGAAGAUCCCGAUGACGUCCCACACGGACACAUCACAUCCCUGGCAGUGAAACGCUCGCACCGGCGCCUGGGGCUGGCGCAGAAGCUCAUGGACCAGGCGUCGCGGGCCAUGAUCGAGAACUUCAACGCCAAAUACGUGUCCCUGCACGUGCGCAAGAGCAACCGUGCGGCGCUGCACCUCUAUUCCAACACCCUCAACUUCCAGAUCAGCGAGGUGGAGCCCAAAUACUACGCGGACGGGGAGGACGCCUACGCCAUGAAACGGGACCUCACCCAAAUGGCAGACGAGCUGAGGAAGCAGGUGGAGCAGAAGGAGCGGGGUCGGCCCCUGGCCCCCGCCGAGCCCCCCAGAAGUGGGGAUGGGGUCUGCGGCUCUGGGGGACCCCCCUCGCACCCCCCCACGGGACACCACCCCCACGAGGACGGAGGGGGAGACAGCAAAGACGUCAGCGAGGUCAGCGAGACCACCGAGAGCACCGACGUCAAGGACAGCUCCGAGGCCUCCGACUCGGCCUCAUAGGGACCCCCGGGACCCCCCCCUCAAAAUCCCUGGGACACCCUCCCCCCGGGGGGCUCUCCAGAAUGCUGGGAGCCCCCUGGGACCCCCUUGGUGCUUUUGGGGGGCAGUAAAGCCCCUCGGUCUCCA